AUGACUGAAUAUACUAUUAUUCCAUUGGAAGAUUCGUUCCUGGUGGAAGAAUCCGAAUGGUUGUUGCAGUGGACUAAGCUAAACUCUGAAAACUGCGACGAUGGAGCAAAUAAGAGCGACGCGAAGCACUCGAAUUUGAUGUUUCAUUUAAAAGAAGUGAAGAUCUACAGGGAACAAAUAGACGAGCUGAACUCAGAACAUGCCUUCUUGAACAAAGAAAUGGAACUUGUUAGAGAUUUGGAAAAACAAAAAUGUGACCUGCAGCUUUAUAACGCGCAGAAGGAGAAUCUAACUAUUGAACGUGAUGGUCUGCUACUGCAGUUGGAAGUGGCGAAGGAAAAGUAUGCAAGUAUUCUACAAAAACUGGAUGAGCAAAGCAAAUCGAUGGUGGAGAUGAAUAAAAAUUUUCAUCUGGAAAUAGAGGAGUUUGAGCAACGGCAAAUUGAUAUGCUCUAUGCCAUACAGCUCCAAGACGAAAAACACUUACUCCAAGUGGAUAUGCUUGAACGAAAUCUUCAAAACAAAUAUUCGGAGGUCAACGUUGAACGAAAUCUUCAAAACAAAUAUUCGGAGGUCAACGUUUGCGGCAUUUGUGUCACCCCCUGGGACUCGGGUGGCGUGCAUCGAUUGGUUUCGUUGCCCUGCGGACAUCUCUUUGGUGACAAGUGCAUCCGGGAACACCUACGUCGAGUGUUACAAUGCCCAAUUUGUAAGGUGAUGGCAUCGGAAGAGCAUCUUCGUUAUAUCUAUGGUAUUAACAUCUUGCCUUAUGAAAUUUAAAAUUAGCAUUGGAAACUUUCAUCUUAAAUUGUCACUAAAAAAUUUGACACUAUA